AGCAAAAGCACGCGGUACGCCGGCGACUCAACAACAACAGGCCCCAAAGUCCAUCAUAUCGUCCGAUUUUGACCGUCGAGGACGCUUUGGACACGAUGACUGAGGAGAUCAGCACCUCAGGACCGGACAGCUCGGUCGCGCAGGGCGAGCAGCGAUCAGGAGGAUCAAGCGCUGGAUCGGAGGGCGAGAAGCGCCGUGGCCGCUGCAAGUGGUUCAACGUGGCCAAGGGCUGGGGCUUCAUCACCCCUGACGAUGGCGGCCAGGACGUGUUCGUUCACCAGAGCGUGAUACAGAUGAACGGCUUCCGCAGCUUGGGCGACGACGAAGAAGUCAUUUUCAGCUGCAAGGCGUCGGACAAGGGGUUGGAAGCCACCAACGUGACUGGCGUUGAUGGCGGCGAUUGUCACGGCUCGCACAGAAGGCCGCUCUCCAAAAAGCGCUUCAGGAAAAUCAGGUGCUACAACUGCGGCGAGUUCGCCAACCACAUCGCCGCCAAGUGCUCAAUGGGUCCGCAGCCGAAGCGGUGCCACCACUGCAAGAGCGACGGCCACCUGAUCGCCGACUGCCCGACGCGCGUCAAGAAGGAAGGUGAGGGCGACUCGCAGGGCUCCGAGAAGAGCGGCAGCAAGUCGCCGGACGUCAGUGCCGACGACGGUGGGAAGGAGUAAGGAAAGACAAAACGCGCCCACCGAGGGCACAGUCCGCUUCGCAACGUAAAACCACACGGGGUCCUCUGCGGCCCCUGGCCCAGGGACACACACCAGCGUCCCCCGUCAGCAGCAGCAGCAGCGGCCCCGGCGCUCUGCCGGAAAGGUCGGCGGGCACGGCCGCCGAACGCCGUCGAAAGAUAAAAACCCAAAAUUCAAAGGAGAGGAGAAUUUUUCAAAAUUAUCGGAGUCGAAAUUCAAAAUCAGGAGAGUGGGAAUGCAUCAAAAUUGAAAGAAAAAAAAAUAAUAACAUGGAGAUAAUUUGCUUUUUCGGAGAAUAUUAUAAAGAAAUACUUUUGGAGUCUAAUAAUUAAUACUUUUUGGAGAAAAACAAAAAUUUGGGUGAAGAAACAUCAAGAAGCGAGCUGCAAUACAUCAGUCAGAGAAACAUCAAAAAACACAAUAAAUUUGAAGCGGGCUAGGCCUAGGAAAAGCGAUUUGUAACACUUAUGGUUGGUUGGUUAGUAGGUGUUGUAAUAAGGCAAUUAGUGGAUGGUGUAUAACUGGAUGUGUAACACAAAAGGGUACAAAAGUUACGGGUAUCAAACACAAAGUAAAAAAAAUACCGCCCAUAUUGUUCACGCACAAACCACUUUCGGCGAUUUUCCACGAAAUUGACAAAUUUUAUAUGUAAUAUUAACCAAACCAUUCACUCAUUCAAGUUGAAAAGAAAAAAACAAAA